AUGUGUCUCUAUACAUAUACAACAGACAUCAAAGAAUGCACAAGGGAUUACACAUACCCCCAAGUUGAGGGAACAAUUGAAGAGUUCAUCUGCAACUUGGACAACCCAAACAUGAUACAGUUCAUCCUCAACCUUCCAUAUACAGGAGCGGGAAUCCCAGGACACUUGUGGUCCAUCCUGACAAUUUCCUCCUCAAUGGACAGAGGUGUCACUUUUGUCCAGCCAGUACUGGGCAAAAAAAUGUGGAUUAUGGCCUUCCCCAAAAACAAGAUUUUGCACACAACAUUCUUGGAACAUUCCUUACAGCUAACAAAUCUUCUUGAAAAAUGCAACAAGGUCAAGGCCAACCAGGAUAUGGAGGUGGUCACUCUUCUGGAGGGGGACUUAUUCUUUUAUGCCAACAGCCUCAUUUUCCAAGGGAGCUCACUGUUUAAACUUUGA